GAUACAAAGAUGAAAGUAAAGUUCUGAGUUUGAGGGUGAUUUCGUUUGGAAUUGUCUGAUGACGCGCAUUAUUUUUGCCACUGAGUAAACUGACCAGGGUUAGUAUGAAGUGACAUGGCGCGGUGUGACCGUGGGAUUCAAAUGCUACUGACCACCGUGGGCGCGUUCGUCGCCUUUAGUUUGAUGACAGUUGCCAUCGGCACGGACUACUGGCUCUAUUCCCGUGCGUACAUCUGUAACGCCACGAACAUCACAUCGGACGAAACUCAGAUGCAACCUAAGAAGACUAAGGGCGAUCUCACGCACUCUGGUCUCUGGAGAAUAUGUUGUAUUGAAGGUAUGUACCAAGGGAGCUGUUUUCGGAUCAACCAUUUUCCGGACGAAAACGACUACGACACUGACAACUCAGAGUACAUUUUACGCAUCGUCCGAGCGUCCAGCCUGUUCCCCAUCCUGAGCACCAUCUUGCUGCUGCUGGGCGGCCUGUGCGCGGGGGUCGGCCGCAUCUACAGCAGCAACAACAACAUCCUGCUCAGCGCCGGCAUCCUGUUCGUGGCAGCAGGCCUCAGCAACAUCAUCGGCAUCAUCGUCUACAUCUCCAGCAACACGGGCGACCCGAGCGACAAGAAGGACGAGGACAAGAAGGGCCAGUACACGUACGGCUGGUCCUUCUACUCGGGCGCGCUCUCCUUCAUCGUGGCCGAGACGGUGGGCGUGCUGGCGGUCAACACGUACAUCGACAAGAACAAGGAGGAGCACAUGGCGGCGCGCCGCGACGUCCACAAGCGCCCGUCGUCCUCGUCGGCGCGGCCCUCCUGCUCGUCCUCCUCGCCGUACACGCGCAUCCCCAGCUACCGCUACCGCCGGCGCCGCUCGCGCUCCAGCUCGCGCUCCACCGAGCCGUCGCGCGACGCCUCGCCCGUGGGCCUCAAGAUGGCCGCCUCGGCGGCGUCCUCCUCGCUGCCGCUGGCCGACAUCUCCAUGUACACGCUGGGGCGCGAGCACCCGAUGCAGGGCGCCGGGGGUGGGGCCGGGGGAGGGGGCGGGGCGACGCUGGGCGCCAUGGCGCCCUACAGCCCCCAGAGGGAGCCGCCGGGGUUCCUGCAGGUGCACAACUGCUUCCCCAAAGACGCGCACAAGGACACCCUCAACCGCCGCACCACGCCCGUAUAG